AUGCCACCGAUAACACGUGGCAAAAAGAAAACUAAAGAUGAUGAUACACCAAAUAAAUCUCAACCGAAAAAAAGUCGUAGAAAAGCAAUUAAAAGCCAAGGAACGGAAACUAAAGAUGCUUCGCUCGAAUCUAAUGCGUCCGAAAGCUUAACGAAUGAUAUUAAAGUUGAGGGUGUCGAUAAUCAAGUACAAGAAUCAAAAAAAUGGACGCCGGAACAACGUUUACAAUUAAUCGAAGCAGUUCUUAAAAAGAUUAAUAUACCUUGGGACGAAAUUUGUAAUGAAGUUAAUGGAGGGAAAAGUGAAAAAAUGUGUUAUGAUCAAUGGAGAAGAGUAAUUUUACCAGGUUUAAAAACCUCGAUCAAAUUUCAGAGAAAGAGCAGGAGAAAAGAAAUUUAA